AAGAUGAUUGUUUUUAACUAAGUGUUUACAAAUAUUUAAAAUCGAUGAUUCAAUGCUUAAGCAUUUUUCCCACGGGAGAAUUUGAUAUACACAUUGGCCAUACGGCUUUGGAAUCAUUUGUCAAUUGGCACUGAACGCGAGAACACCUCGAAAGAAAUGGCCACUAUUAAUGUUAAGAGUUCGGAAACUUUUCCUGAACCUCAUGAGUUUGUGGGCAAAAUGGCCAGUGAUCGAAGAAAGACCAAGAAGCCACUCAUGGAGAAACUGCGACGAGACAGAAUUAAUUCUAGUCUAAACGAAAUGAAAAUAUUGGUUUUGGAAUCCUUGAAUAAGGACGUUUCGCGAUAUUCAAAAAUGGAAAAAGCUGAUAUUCUUGAGAUGACAGUAAAGUUCUUGAGGGACAUCAAUAGACAGGAACGAACGAAACGAGGUCCUAUGUCAUGGGCAGAGUAUAGAGCUGGUUACAACCAAUGCGCCAUAGAAUUGAUGCGACAUGCAACACCCAUCUCACCUGGUGAUAUGCAGAUGCAUGGCAAGGUUUUUGCACAUGUUCCAGGUGGUUUCCACGGCAACACGCACGUCAGCACUCAGCCUCCUACUUUUAUUCUUCCAAAUCCAACCACUGCUCUACCUACGUCACCAGUUAGAAUAAACACACCAAAGAUUCCGACUGUCGUAUGGGUGCCUAUACCGUCGCCCCCGCCUUCACCAUCCAACAAAGCAUCACUAACGAACGCACCUUCUACGACAACCAACAAAGCAAUCGCCCAUGAAAAAUUGCAAAGUGUUUACGAGACACUCACUGAAACGAAAAACUUAGUCAACACGAAACCCACAGCAAGUGAUAGACAAAUAAUACCUAACCCCCCUAUGUGGAGGCCAUGGUGAACUGACUUGCGAUUGGAUGCAUCACGCAUCUUUGAAUUGGAUUUUCAUAAUUGUUCGAAUUCCUGAACUGUACAUAUUUGUUUACACUAAGUGGAUUUUUGGCAUCAAUGCGUGAAACAAGAAAAUUUGUUGUGCAGCUAAACUUGGAGCUCACGUCAGCGAUGAUAGUUAUUUACAAUUACUUAGCGCAUGGGAUAGAAAUUUGGGUAAAUAGUAUUUCUAAGGGGAAAAAUGUAAAAAGAAUAAAUUCAAUUUAUUCUCAAAUGACGCUAACAAAAUUGCGUCGAAAAAUAACUUGCUUAAUUUUUAAGGCAACUGAAUUUGUACAUAGGGGUAAAUUUCUUCCAAGGGUAUUGAAUUUUGCAUGAAUUGAAAUGUUUGUUCCAAUGUCUUAGAAAUCAGAAAAUAAAGAUAGGGUAUAUAUAAAAAAUAAUAUUGAGUUUUAAAUGGCCAACGAAAAUAAUGCACGUCUUUUCCUUGGACUUUAUGGACAUGAACGUCCAAUUUACUCAGCGUAUUUGAAUUAUACAUGAACGUUUAUGCAUCAAAUAUUGAAACCUAAAUUGAAAUUGUAGUAACAUAAUGUUGAUCGGACUAUUGAUGUAAGGAUUUUUGGGUGAUCCCAAUUCUAAACCACUGAAAUUAUAAUCAAAUUCCACAGAGACAACGCCUCGAUUAAUCUGUAUUCCUGCUGUGAAAUAAAAAAAAUUCAAAACAA